CGCUCUUGGCGGCCAUGUUUUUCGACUGCGGAAUACUCUGUUUUUUGACAUGCUUAUGAGUCUGCGAAUGCCGUUUGGCUAAGCCAAUGUCGCCGUUGGUCGACCUAGUAUCCAUUUUUUACCUCGGUCCACUGCCAGCUAUAUAGCCCACUGUGGGAUCCUAGCCGCAUGUAUCCAUCGUUACCCACAAUGUCAAACUUCACUCAGCAACAGUGGGCAGCACUUGCUGCGAUGUCCAACCAACCAACACUUCCCAACGCCCAGGCCUUCCAAGUUGGUAACGUGGACUCAAAUGCCCUUCUAGGAGGAGUUCAUUCCGGCUAUGUCCGCCUUGCCCAGAAUGCCCAGUCCACUGUCUUUCCGGGAUCUUCACUACAAUCAACGUCUGGCACCUACGUUCCACAGCAGACCCUUGGUUAUGCCUUUCAGCCCACAGUGGAAACACCGGUCGGGGCUAAUCGACAGUUCACCAACGCCGCUUUUACCCCACCCUAUGCACUUCAGCAGUUCCCUCAAGUUGGCUCGAUUUCACAACCGUUGCCCCUUCCACAAAACUCGAUUCCCUACGGGACUCCGUUCCCCUAUCUACAGACAUUCUUACCUCCUCUGACGGGUGGUGGUCUUGGCCACCUUCACCAAUGUACCAAUAUCCCUUCACAGCAGCAGACUCCAUUAGUGGCUGGGAUAGAACCAAACCUUCGUCAUUUUGAACCCAUCAAACAGUUUGGCGCUCUCUCCCUGGAACCGACCCGCCGGACAAAACCAAUGAUCACAUCAAAGACCAAUCUGUACAUAAGCGGUUUAAAUGAGACGGACACGGAUGACACUGUUCGGUCACUAGUCGAAAAUGUUGUUCAACCAAAGUCGUGCAAGGCGAUGAUCAGCAAUGGGAUUUGUAAGGGCUAUGGCUUUAUCGAUUGUGCGUCCGAAGAAGAUGCAGAAAAGGCUAAGAAUCAUAUAAUCGAACAGGCCAAGUUGACUGGACGGAAACUAUUGGUAAAAUUCGCGCAUGAGAACGAAAAGGACGUCCACAAUGUGUACGUGAGACACCUGCCACUGGACUUUACUAAAGAGAAAUUGGAAGCUUUAUUCCAGAAAUUCGGGCAGGUCACCUCAGUCAAGUUACUAGAGAAUGAAGAUCGACUCACAGGAAUAGGUUUCGUUCGAUACGCACUCGCAGAGCAAGCCGAAAAGGCGAUCGAACAGUUGAAUGCUGCCAAACUAGUGUUGGGGGACAAUACCGCGCCAGUAAUGUGUAAGCUGGCAGAUAAAGCAAACACGAGGCGACGGCCCACAACAGCUGCUCACGCGACAACGUUAGUAGUUCAACCCCAACUUUCUCUCAAUAAUCCCUUACAUCGACAAGGCGUAUCCAUAAGCAACACAGUUACCCUGCCUCGGUGUGCCAUACCCUUCUCACAGCCUCUCCAGCCAGCUACCCCUUUCACACCCAGUAUUCCGUUGGCUACCCAGCUGCUGUCACCAUUAGGCCAAUCUCCAGUAUUGAUCCAGAGUAUCCAGCCAACAGGGUCCCCUCAAUCACGUGGUGUGCUGUCUCCAGCUGUAUUGCCGAACGGUACGCCGGGCCCGAACCCCCUACUCUCUUUGCCAAUUACUACCGUCCAACCUGGAACGCUGAACACGCAUGUUCCGGCCAGUUCCAGUCGUGCAACUCCUCUAAUCGGACCACCACCUCAAACCCCAGUUUCUGUUGGGCUUCAGCUGAACCAGAAUGCUGCGAAUAUGGUUAAUCCCUAUUUCGUAUCCCUCGACAGUAACUCAAGUGUACCAAAAACCUCGACAACACUUCCACCUUCCAGAUUCCCUGUCGUGCACCCGGGUACAAACUACGUGCAAAAAGACGGCGCAGGCGCUGAUCAACCCGCACUUAACGGCCCCCAACUUCCCUCUCACGUCGGUCAGCUUCCCGUCAAAUUACAAUACUCUGCUUCAUAUGUCCAGUCGCAACAACCCCAACCCGCCUGGCAAAUCGGUACCAAUGGAUGCAACUCACAGCUUGUGUUUCUGACGACGCCGUCAAUUCUAGCUAACUUCCCGACUGCCGCUGCCGCAGCUACCUCAUUGCUUCCAACUUAUGAAUCCGAUACCGGUUCAGAGGACUCUAUCGCAGCGAUUAACAAACCAGAUGGAGAGAUGCCAGUACCCUCAAACACACAUUCGUGUUCCGUAAAGUGCAAUGGUGAUAGUGAUUCAAAGGGAGUGAAUCUCAUAUCUACUGAACUGAAUGCUGAAACAGUAGAAUUAGGAAAAUGUAUGGACAAUCCCGAUCAACAACCGGCUUAUGCGGAGGAGACAAAUGUAUCUUCGGUGAUGCCCCCCGUGCCAGCUAAUAAUGCUGGCUGUGAUGGCUUGGUUCUUAUACCUUCACAUGAUAAAGUGAAUUCACUUCUGGAUACUCCGGUUUCUAGUACUACCCCGAACUGUAACCCCUCUACGCCUAUCGGCGAUGUUCUCACUUCAUCUGUUGCCGUCUCGACCAGCAAAAUUACGGUAGAUAAACUGUGUGAUGGGGUCGACUCAUGUGAACGAACGAGAACAGACUCUUGGUGGUCUAGAGGAUCGAGUGGCAAUAAUGCACGCAAGAAAAAUCAAGAAUCCAUCAGUACUGUUCCACGUGGCCGUCGGCGUCAAAGUGAUGGUGCUAGUCAUGCCUCAGAUAGUCGCUCUGGUCCACAGAUGCAAGCUCGUGGUCCCAACAGACGCAAACCUUUGUCCGUCACUUCUACGAUCCGUCAAUCCAGUGAGCUGUCACCCAGCGAAGAUGAUUCCGCAGCAUCCAAACAGGUCGACCCCGCUUUGUCGAACAACUGUUCUGUUGUCCACUCUGGCAACUGUCCGAAUCCAGAAACACCCUGACAGUCGGUUAGCAUAAUCUUUCUGCCUCAGUCGACAGUCUUUUUCAAGGUAUAAGACUUUGGAACUUGUAUAUAAUCUUCAAAAACCAUCUGUAAAUGAAUUCGCCACACGUUCAUCGUGUUGUGAUCUGUCGCUCUUCACUACUUCAAACCGAUGAGCAUUAGAUAUUUCUCUCCCUGUUCUGUUGCGUCGCACCGAAUUCAACUAAACGCGGCCGCAAAGUUCAGCUGGUUCAAGAACUGAACUGAUGGUGAUCAUGUGGGCAACGCAAUCGCAUUUUUAUUCUUCAGAAAACCACUCCUUUUGCUGAUCAGAUAACUUUGUUCUUGGAAUCAGAAGAAAAACAUUGUUGGUUUGUGGGUGCUAAGUUUACGGAAUCGAAUUGCGCCUUGGACUGCGCUUGAGUGUUAGGCAUUUUCACACUUGCUUUUGUAACAUACUCCUUCCUCGGUGACGUUUAUGAUGACGAGACUACGAUUGUUUUUUUGGGAUCGUAGGAGAAGCUUAAGUAUCCUUUUUUUCUAAAUUGACUCAAUGCUCAGCACGUGCCGGCAUUUCAUACAUAAUUGGCGUU